AUGACUAUCAGUAUUGCGGCGUCUCUGAAGCUGGAUACCGAAGACUCGGCGACAAAAUGUAAGUCAGGCUCAUCUCCUACUCCUCUGUUAGUAUCACCCCAGGCCAGCCAACUAGACAAUGUUCAGCAGCAACUCAACAAGAUCUCUUUCGACCUGGCUCCUUUGGCGACACUAGUUGCUGACGUGAAAUCCAACAAAUUGGAGGUCUGGACUCAUUGA